AUGGGUGCUUGCUUUUCUUGUAGACCAAAGCCAGAAGAAACCCAGAACAAUGUGCGCGUGGUUCAUCUCAACGGCUACGUCGAAGAGUUCGAGCACCCAGUUUCGGUCAGUGAACUAACCGGAAGGCCCCCGAAGCACUUUGUGUGCACACCAGCCCAGCUCCUCUCAACUGGGUACAAGCCAUUGAAGCAGGACACUCUUCUUCAGCAAGGCCAAAUCUACUUCUUGCUGCCCUACUCUGCCUUACAGAGUGAUGCUUCUCCUAUGGACUUGGCUGCCGUGGUCCGGAAGCUAACGGCUUUGGCAAGAAGUGGUAGUAGUAGGAGUAAUGAGGGGUUGGGAAGGUCUGGUAGUUCGUCGAGGUCCGGUCAGAUGAGUCCUAUGCAUUGCUCUAGUCCUGUUUGGAGUAACUAUUCAUCGUCGCCGGGGAGAAAUAGUCCGGGCCGGUUUGUGGAGCCGGAGGGUAGUCCUAGUCGGAUGGAGAUGUAUGGUGCGCAGAGGUCUACAAGAGCAAGGUCAUGGAAGCCACUGUUGGAUACUAUAACGGAGAGGCAGUUGAACCGGAGAACGGAGUCGGAUUUGCAGGAGAAGCAUGUGGAGGCAGCCAAAUAUCUACAGUGA